CUCUACCAAUUGGAAAUUCAGACAGACGUUCGUGUAAAACUCCAUAAAAUCAGGAUAGAACGCGUAACCGGACGUCUUGGCCAACAAAUAUUGGAGUGACGGACGGGGCCUUUCGUAGCUUUUCCCACAGAGAGAAAAGCCCUUUCACAUUUUGUCCUUGAUAGAAGACAAUGGAGACAGAUAUUGAACAGCAGGACGAAGACACCACCUUUAGCAACACUGACACCAACGGCAAGCGUCCUGCUGAGGACAUGGAUGAGGAACAAACCUUCAAACGUUCCCGCAACACAGAUGAGAUGGUGGAGCUUAGGGUUUUGCUACAAAGCAAAAAUGCUGGUGCUGUGAUUGGAAAAGGUGGGAAAAAUAUUAAAGCCCUUCGGACAGAUUACAAUGCCAGUGUAUCAGUCCCAGACAGCAGUGGCCCAGAGCGCAUUUUGAGUGUAAGUGCAGACAUCGACACAAUUGGAGAGAUUCUUUUGAAGAUCAUCCCUACUCUUGAGGAGUAUCAGCACUACAAUGGCAUUGACUUUGACUGUGAGCUGCGCCUAUUGAUUCAUCAGAGUUUGGCAGGAGGCAUCAUUGGUGUCAAGGGUGCCAAGAUCAAAGAACUAAGAGAGAAUACACAGACCACCAUAAAACUCUUCCAGGAGUGCUGCCCACAUUCAACAGACCGUGUGGUUUUAGUGGGAGGCAAACCUCAGCGAGUGGUCGAGUGCAUUAAGGUUAUCCUUGAACUGAUGACUGAGGCUCCCAUUAAAGGACGUGCCCAGCCUUAUGAUCCAAAUUUCUACGAUGAGACAUAUGAUUAUGGUGGCUUCACCAUGAUGUUUGAGGAAAGAGGCCGACGGGCUAUGGGGGGAUUUCCGAUGCGUGGACGUGGUGUUUUUGACCGCAUGCCCCCGAGUCGUGGUGGACGCCCCAUUCCCCCCUCCAGGCAUGAAUAUGAUGAUAUAAGUCCUCGUAGAGGACCUCCACCACUGCCACCAGGCAGAUCGGGCCGAGGUGGGAGCCGUGCUCGAAACCUGCCUCUUCCUCUUCCCCCGCCACCUAGAGGAGGAUGUGAACGAUUUUCCCACCCAGGCUAUCAUGGCAGCAUGGAUGACAGACCAGGAAGGGGAAGACCUGGAGAGCGCUAUGAAAGCAUGCAGAGUGGAGGUGGAUAUGAUAAUAACUCUUCUUGGGAACCUUUCCAGUCUGGUGGCCGAGGUUCCUAUGGUGACAUUGGUGGUCCUGUCAUCACAACACAAGUGACGAUACCUAAAGAUCUGGCUGGUUCAAUAAUUGGAAAAGGGGGUCAACGCAUCAAGCAGAUUCGUCAUGAAUCUGGAGCCUCUAUUAAAAUUGAUGAGCCUCUAGAGGGUUCAGAAGACCGCAUCAUCACCAUUACAGGAACACAGGACCAGAUUCAGAAUGCCCAGUAUCUACUGCAGAACAGUGUGAAGCAGUACUCUGGACGUUUCUUCUAGAAGACAUCAAGCAAAGAACAAUUAUAAUACACAUUCUAAUUUUAGCUUCUUUUCAGUCAACAUUCCUCUGCCUUAGAUGUGUUCCCCGUUAUUCUUACUCUUAACACCUUAAAAAGAAAACAUUAGGGAGGGGAAGAAAGGUGUCUGAAAAGUAGCAGAAUUAGUGGAUCUUUUUCCUAUCCCAUUGUUUCCCUGUUUUUGCACAUUUUGUCUUUUUAUUGUUUUUCUUUCAUAUUCUGCAUUGUUUUGUUGUUAAUAGGGCUUAAAUAUCCACUUACCAGAGGUGCAUGCCUAGUUUAUGUAAAAUUUGGGAUGUAAUUGUUAGACGCUACCUAUCUGUUCAUGGUGUCUAAAAUGGAACUGUGAAGAGCAUUUAGUAUUUUAUUUUUAAAGGUUGAAUUGAAAUAAUUAGGAUAAAAUGUGGAAGUUUAAUGUGGAAGAUGAAUUCAUUACUAAUAUAAAUUUUACCCAUAAUUUCUAGACCACUGUAAUUUUACUGAUAUUGGAUCCAUUUAAUAUUGCAAAUGCUUGUUUUGUACGUGUUUCUACAGUUUUUACCAUUUUAGAUGGGAUCUUUCUAAAUAAAAUAAAAAAGAAGGAAAAAAACACACAAACCAGUCAGCUGGAGAGUCUCAUCUGUAAUUAUCUGUGCAAGAUCUCUCUGCAUUCUCAUCUCUUCUAUCCCUUUUGAUUUCUGUAAAUUGUAAUGUCAAAGUAAUAAAGCCUCUGCCAAUUUUUUAAAAAUAAAAAACGUGUUCCUUGUUUCUA